AUGAAUAUUCAUCAAAUGAAAAGUUCCGAUUUAUUUGUGACAGUUGAUGGCAAUCAAGAGCGACAUCAGCAUGAUCAAGUUGUAUUCGAGGGUGUUGCUGAUCAUUAUGUUAAAGGUGAAGAUGUUACAGCUUGUUUUACAAUUUCACAUGAUAUGAAGGUCGAUUCAAGUGAUCAAAUAGGUUUAUUGCGUGUUGGUUCAACCAAUAUUCAAGAAUGUUUAGCAUAUGCACCAGUUCAAUUAAAUUUAUUAACAACAUCAGAGUCGACUUGUCGUGGCACAGCAACAUUUUCAUCAUCAUCAUUACCUGUCACUGACGAUGAAUUUUAUCAAUUUUCUUAUAUCGUUGAUAAACGAAAAUGUCUUGGUUCAUCAAUUCCAUUUCAAUUAAAUUGUUCAAUCGAUGAUAUUGAUUUAUUAUCAAGUUCACUAAUAGAAGCAUCAUUGGAAAGAAAACCGAUGUCAACAAAUAGUGAUGGUCUUAUUGCAUUAGCUGAUCAUGAUAAUGAUGAUCUUGUUGUUAUUCAUACAAAAGGAAUGUUAGUUGAAGAAAAAUUACGUCAAGAAAAUCGUCAAUUAUUCGAAAUGAAUCGACGUUUAGAACAACAAAAAGAUGAAUGUAAAUUCAAACUUGAUUUAUUAGAUUUAAAAUCUAACGAAUAUAUUAAUAAAGUUAAAAAUGAUAUGCAAACACUUGCUUUAAGUCAUAAGGCGACUAUCGAAGAAUUAUCAUCACGUCAACGUUCAGAAACUAAACUACGUAGAGAAUACGAUGCUUGUCGUUCUUUAUGUACUCAAUAUCAAACAGAAGCAAAACAAUUUGCUGAACGUUCUCGUGCACUUGAAGAUUUUAAUAUAAAAUUGUCCGAUGAAAGAAGUCAAUUGAGUUCACAUUUUUCAUCAGCAACGGAAUUAAAUGAAAAACAAGCAAUUGAAAUCAAUGAUUUGAAAAAACACUUAUCCGACUCGGAUGAAUUAUUAAAAGCAGCAAAUCAAUAUCAAUGUCAAUUAGAACAACAAUUACGAGAUUUACGCUUAACAACAGAAAAAUAUCAAAUAUCAAUGCAAGGACAAAUCGAUGCAUAUGCAAAACAAGCAUCACAACAAGUCAAUCAAAUACAUGCUUUAGAAAGUGUAAAUAAUUUAUUGAAAGAAGAAUUAAAUACAGUCAAAGCCGAUAAUACAUUCUUAUUAACCAUGGCUAAACAAGAUAAACAAUUAACAAACGAAUUACAACAACAAAUGGAUGAUUUAAAUGAAAAACAUCGAUUAGACAUUGAACAAAAACAAAAUGAAUUGGAAAGACUUGGGAAAGAAUUCGAACAAUUCAAAGGCAAUCAGAAUGAUUUGAUGACUUUAAAAAAUUCUUUCAAUGAAAUUGAAAAACGUUGUGUAAAACAUCAAAAAAGUGAAAUCGAAGUUAAAAAACAAUGCGCAGUCUAUAAAGAAUUCGUUGAGGAAUUAAAACGUAAAAGAGAAAAUUUGACCGAACGAAUAUUAGCCGGUGCCAAUGCAUAUAAAACUCUUUAUCGUAAAUACAAAGCACUCGAACAUAUGAUUGACAAAACAAAUCGACAAAGCCUGCAAUCACUAAAACCAAAUUCACCGACAUUAUCCAAUGAAACCGGUCUCAAUGAAGAAGUAUUGGUUACACUUCUUCGUAAUUCACAUGAACUACAGCAACAAGAUCAACAAAGAAUUGUUCGAGAAGAUGACAAAAAUACGAUCAUAACAAUGAUACAAAAUAAAAAUACUAACGAAGAAAUACGAGAAUGUCCAAUGUGCUAUUGGGAAUUUCCAGAACAUUUAACACUCGACAACAAAAAAGAACAUAUUGAAAAUCAUUUUGCUUAG